GAUCCAACUACAGCGCGGUGUGUCGCCAUUGUGCUUGUGAUUAUCUUUUACAUGUCGUUGGAUUUGAAAUUGAAUUUCUAAAUAUCUAACUACUUCUAGAUGUCCGUUCAUAGUUCUUGUGAAAGAAGGAUUCCCACACUAAUAGAUUAUAAAUAUCGUUAUACUCUGUAUGAGAAAGAAAAUCAACACAGGUCUUAUCGCCACAAAUGGUGAUGGAAAGCCCAGUGUCCUCCCCCCUAUCCCAGCAGGAUGGUGCCGCCCCGGUUUCAUUCCCUCUGCUGGAAAUGAGUUAGAGGGAGUGAAAGCUAAAAACGGGAAUUCUAAUACAUACCUGAACAUGUCAACAGAAGUUGGAGUAGAGCAAGCCGCACAUGAAAUUGAUGGUGGCAGGCCUCGUUACGAGGGUACAUCAGCUGCCUCUAAUGAUGCAGAAGUUUCAACUAAUAAUAAUAAUAAUCAUGUAGAAAAUAUUAAUAGUGUUGAUGAUAACAGCGUUGAACCCUGUGGUGAAUCUCACAAUGCAUCAUCCCCUGGUAUUGAAAACGCCCCACAGUCCUUACCCUCAAUAAUUAACCCUAACACUGCCAUGAGUGAAGAUAGCAAUGUAGACGUAGAGACAGAAGAGCAAAGUGCCCCUAUGAUUCAUAGGGAUCAUGGUAUUAGGCAUGAAGAAAUAAUAUCCAACGAGGAGGUAGUUUCAGAGAGCUCUAAUAGACGGCUGCAUGGUGAAGAUGCUGAGCUAUCAGAUGCUCAGUAUAUAGAGAAACAAGUUGUUGAAUCGUUUUUUUCUGUAAAUUCAAAUGAUAGAGUGGUCCAUGAUAGAGUGAGUAGUUCUGAUGUUGUGAAGCGGUCAGCCCCAAAUGGGAACAACAAUUAUGAGAAAUCUUCAUCUGCCAGCGGAGCGGGAUCAAAUCUUGCGCACAACGUCAAAACAGGCAAUAAGCUUGAUGCUGUUUCAUUGACGAUUGCCAGCGUUGCCGCUGGUCAGGGGGAGCCACCAGAGUUUUUGACACGCCCUCCUGAAAAGCUAAAGGAUGAACGCUUGUCUCAUCAUCAGUUGCAUCAUCAGUCUCACCUCUUAGCCAACACCACCAAACACAUUCUUUAUCACUCCAUGACAGAAAAGAUAAGGAAUGAUAAAAACAUGUCUGCCAGUGCCCGUCUGCCUGUGAUCAGCUCACUACUAGCGCCAUCUAGUGCAGCAUCACAUAAUACACUACCUGGGAUUCAGCACAUUGCGUCUGCAGGCAGAUCCAGCAGCUCGCCAACAACUGCCCUGCCUUCUGUUGCCCACUUUUUAGGUCCCGCUAAAUCACCGCCACUAACGUACUCUUCUCACCACUCCAAUGUUGACAUGUAUGGAGCAAGUUUGCCUUCAAGUGGCCAUGAUUCCACCGGUCACCAUAGCAGUCAGUACCAGUCUGCAGGGGGUGGCCACACUACACCAGGCACCCCCUCAUCUUCCUCCAAAUCUAAAAGCCGCAAACCAGUGACCCCAGCAGGGCUGAGGCUCAGCAUGGCUGCAUCAGAGGAGCUCCCAGACCCACUGCCAUUGCCCCAGUACUCAGAGAAGGUGUUACGAGCGAAGCAACUAGGCACUGUGGCGUUUGAUCGACCAACUGUCCUCCGCGAGACUGUCCAGUUUUUCCUGCAGUACAAACACUACUGGAGCAGCCAUGACUACGAUAGGAUUUCCAACCUGGUCAUUGAGCUGUUCCCAGAAUUUAAAGACAACAAUGAUACGCCCGGGGUUCCAGCCAAUAAACGGAUCCGAACUGACCUGUCCAUGUAUGCUAGAAACUUUCGGCGCAGAGAAGUUUCACAGCGUAAGAAAGAAGGAACAAGCACCCCCUCACACGGCGACCAGAAGCCCGAGUCAGCAUCCACGCCAGAAAAUGCCAAAUCAUUCCUUCACGCUCCCUCCCCAUCCAACAGCAGUGGGGGUGCAGGCACUGUGAGCAACAGCACCAACCCUUCAGAUUUCUGCAAUGAGCUACUGACUGCUGCUAGCAUUAUUGAAAGUCAGAAUACAUCUGCUGCUAGAAAUGGUGAUUAUAGUUCACAAAUGUCUCAUAACCACAAAGUAAAGGUCAGUGACCCUGGGUCACAUGAUCAGGGUAUUGUUAUCCACAAGCAGGAAGUAAUGGAUGAAGGGGAUGAGCCAAGCACUGCCAUCACUAGUAAUCAUCACCGGUCUCAGAAUGAACCAGCUGAUGAUGACGAGGAUGAUACCCCCAUUCACUUUGUCUAUGACAAGGACACAAUGGCGGCUGCAGCCUCAAGGGAUGCUAAUGCUGCUUGGCAGAUGUACUCUGAUCAGAUGGCACUGGCGGCAGAAAAUUCACGAUUAGACUACGGCCUAUCAGAGCAAGCAGUUAAGAAAGAUCUUGGCACAUGUGCAAGAAAUAUGAGAAGACGUCUCCCGGCAACCAAGUAUAAACCCAACUCCCAGAAAGUCUGGAACAGCUCGCAGUCUGGACUGGACGCGCAGGUGUCUGAUGUUGGCGGUCAGUCGUCCUCCCUAGGUCCAGGUACUGCAGAGUACAUGAAGGCCCUGAUGGCUGCACAGAACAUGAACCUGACAGAGCUGGGGAUGAGCCAGAGGAACCUGGGCGAGCUGGCCAUGCUUGCUGGGAUUAAGCAGAGGAUUGAACAGCAGCCUCAGGACGUGACUGAUCUAGAGAGGCAGUACCUUGCUCAGUGUUCCAGCGAGGAGCAGAGGCAGGCGUUGAUGGCGUCAGGGGCUUUUGGCAAUGACACGGUUGCCAUGGCGGCUCUGAGCGCUUUUUAUGGCCAGCUCGGCAUGGAAAUUGCUGGCAGUAACAAGCGGAGUUUAAGCUCAGACUACAGCUCGAGCUCGGCUCAUGAUUCAUCUCAAAAUUUAAACUCUGGUGAGUUGUUAGAUUUGCCGAAUAAAAGACAGAGGCGGAUAUCUCAGGCUGAGGUGGAGAAAAGGCUGAGGGAGGCGGAGCAGCUAAGCCACGAGUCUGCUAAAUCACACGGAUUAUCUGUUGGGGUGUCGGACAAAAAUUUAGUGAAACGGGAGCCCAUGUCACCCAGCGGGGAGAGCCUGAAAGUGUCAUCUCUCAGCAGACAGCAGCACCAGAACCCCCUCAACAUGCCAGUUUUUCCCUCGUCUAGUGUCGCCUCAGCACACGAACAAGCCUACUGGGACGCCCAGGCAGCCGCCAACAUUGCUCUGAUGGGAGUCGCCUCCCUUGCUCACUCAGCAUCCCACCAAACAGCCACACAGGCUCAUUCUCAAGCUGAGAUUCAUCACUUACCUGGCCACGAUCACAGCGCCAACCUGGCAUCCAGCGAGGCGCCAAUGAACCUUACAUAUCACGAGUCUGAGAAGCACAGCUCACAUCGGCAACAUCAGAACUCUGAAUCUCCCAUCAACGACUCCCUCCCCGACACUGCUGGUUUGGCGGCGCAGGUCGAGGUCACGACCUCAUCCAUCAAGUCUCACAGCCCUAGGAGACGAACCUCAUCCUCGCCAAGGUCAUCCCAGCAGGGUGACCAAAACAGCUCGCGAGAUCAGGUAAGACCAGAGGUUUGGUUUCCUCAUGGCGCUGGGUUCAAAAAGGAAAACCAGGAAAUCGUUUGCCUGCCAGACCCGCUCCCUAUCCCUGUAUACUCCUCUAAGAUCGUGUCGGCCCGGGACGAGGGCUCGUCCAUGAGGCACAGGUCUGAGAUCAUCAGAGAAACGGCCAGGUUUUUCUUGGCCCUCAAGUACUGGUGGUCCAGUGCUGACUACACCAGGAUCUCAGAGCUGGUGGUGCAGCAGUUUCCUGACUUGAAGGACGACACAACUGGGGAUGGCAUGACCAACUAUCGCCGUAUCCAGAGGGACCUGUCCAUGUGUGCACGCAACCUACGCAGGAGUAAAAAGCCUAGGAAAAUGCGUGAGCUCUCUGACCCUACAAACUCACUGCUGGACAUCCCAGAGGCCCCACGCUCCAGCAAAAAGCCAUCCAAGUCCUCCAAACCAGGGUCAUUGUACACGUCCAGUUUGGAUAAAAAGUCCAAGAGACCGCCCGGCUCGUCGUCCAAGUUGAAAAAGAUCAAACAAGAAUCAUCAGGGAUGAGCGAGCCUUCAGUGUCGGGUGGCCUGAGUGAAGACAUGACGGCUGCCGCGGCUCUGCUGCAGCAGCAGUUCAUGCAGCCGGCGUCGUCGUCCUCGUCUUACCAUCCCAGCGCCCAUCUUCUGCCUUCCUCUCAUCUCCUGCCAUCUCUACAGACACACCCAGCACUACAUGAACAGCAAAUGCAGGCUCAGCUGAAUUCAGCUCUCCUCCAACAGCAACAACAACAGCAGCAGCAGCAACAACAGCAGCACCAUCACCAUCAUCACCACCACCACCACCAGGAAGAGCAUCUCCCUGUUGAUGAGCCAACUAGUGUGAAAAGGAUUGUAAAGGAGGAAAGCCAUGAGGCUGUGGACCAACACCAUCACCACCAUCAGACCAUCAAAUCAAAUGCUGUAGCCCCUAUCCAGCGGUCAGCAACACCACCUAAUGACAACCAGUCUAACCUGGCUGAAAUUGCCAAACAAAUGAGCAAAUCUAAUCACGGACAUAGUAGGGAGGUGGAAGGAACAGCCAUGGGGAAGGAAACUCAGGAUAAAGCUCUCCAGCCUCAAGCACCACUGGCCAACUCCAUGAAGGUCUACGUGGACCCUGACCAUGGCAAUGACCUGCAGGAGAGGUUCUCAACUCUGUGGAGGAAGGGGAAAUUCUUUGAUGCCUCUUUAGGAGUGGCCAACAAAAAACUACAUGUGCACAAGCUUGUUCUACUUGCUAUGAGCCCGUACCUCCAGGAAACUUUUAAAAACGCAGACCCCAGGUCCCAGCUGGAGGUCAACCUACCAUCAGACACAACGUAUGAAACAGCUAAAGCUUUUCUCAAAUACAUUUACGAGGGAGUCUUAGAGGUGGACACGUCCUCCGUGCGGUCCCUACACAAGAUAGCCACCAUGCUGCAGAUGACCAAGCUGGCCCAGUACUGCCAGAACUUUGCCCAGCAGCUACAGGAGGAGGCUGACCAGGCAAGUGGUGGGGCGCAGGAGGGAGAGAUACCUAAGAUCUCUGUUAAUCUGGGGGAGCUAGCGGAGAUCCAGGCUCAGAGGCAACGGAUCCUGGAAGCUCAGGCUCUUCAAAGACUUGGAGAAACAACAACCAUUUCCUCGUCGGACAUGCACCGCACAUCUUCCUCCAGGUACCUCCCUGACGAGCGCUCACAGGUGAAACCAGACUAUCUACCUGACCAGAGCUCAUCUGACCAAUCAGGCUCCACGCCGCACUUCCUGCACCCAGAAAUCUUAGCCCAGCACCGAGCCCUGGUGGCGGCGUCGUCGUCCAUCCAGACAACCACACCCUCCUCUCUACUGCUCUCAUCCACCCAGGACAUGGCCACACAGCAGCUGAUACAAGCAGCGUUGGCCAGGCACCAGACCUCAUCCUCCCCAACCCCGUCGACAGCAUCACCGUCAAUGUACCACCAACACCAGCAGCAGGUGAUGGCACAAUCAGAAUCAAGCGCAGCGUUGCUUCACCGGCUGUCGUCGCCCGAGUCCGCUGUAGCUGUAUCCGCUGCCACGUCUUUAGACCACCAGCAGCGUUUGACGCUUGCAGCGUACUGGCAAGCACACACACUAGAACUCAUGUCUCGCAACCAGAUCACCGGAUUAACCUCCGACCCCUCGAACCUUACCUCAGCCUCAGAGCUCGCAGCCAUCGCUGCGGCCAACGAAGAUUCCAGACACCUUUUAUCAAACCUUGGACACGAAGUCAAACACAAAUCCUCUUCAGGGCACUCUCGCAGCCACCACUCUAAAGAGACGUGGAGUGGCCAGGGGGAUUCGGACAGCGGGCACCAGGCCACGAUGCUGCCGGAGACAUGUCUGCCCGCUGACAUGGCGCGCUCGCACCACACAGGAAGUAGUGAAGGAAACACAUAGUCAAAGUUUGCUGGGUUUAUGUUGAUUUCAGAUAGAGGCUAGAUUUCACUGCUCAUAUGAAACAUGUGUAUUAGUAUGAAUGUGUGAAUUUAUAUAUAUAUAUAUAUAUAUAUAUAUAUAUAUAUAUAUAUAUAUAUAUAUAUAUAAAAAAAAAUGUGCACACACUUGAUCAUACAUGUACGUAUAUAUAUCUAUGUAUAUAAACCAAUGUUUAUUACUGAGGAGACAUAAUAUUUGAUUGUUCCCAUGUGAUUAUAAUGAUAGUUGGGUCCAUGUGUAUGUAUAUCUUGAUUCUGUCAACCACAGGUGAAAGAUGGUAGACAUUUUAUCAUUUAGUAGUUUUGUUUUUUUCCUGCUUUCUCUCAACCAGAACCAAUUUUACUUUUCUCAGAGAGUGGUCAUUCAGCUGUGGAAAGGGUGCUUUCAUAUAACUGCAUAUUCACCUGUUUGUAAUUAAUGGCCUUUUAUUAGCAUUCAUUAAAAAGUUGUUUUUUUUUGUAAAUAGCUUGUCUAUCAUAACUUGUUACUGAGUUUUAUAAAUGCGCUGCCUUUAUUCAUUAAAGACAUCAAUGUUUUGGUAUAUAAGAUUUUCCUUGUCACCAAAUUGGUUGAUUUAAAAAAAAAGCCAAAGGAAAUGAGAGAUAUAUUUCAUUGCUGUUACCAUAUUUUUGAAUGUUUAUAGCCCAGAUGAAAAGAAUUGCCUAGAGACCGUGAAGUUUAACACUAUGUUAACCUGUUUAGACAUUUUUAUGCUUAUUAAAAAUGUGAAUUGUUAACAAAUCAUAUCAAACUUGUUUUCAACUAUUAGAGCUCAAAUCUGUAUUUUUUCAGUUGGGAGUGUCUGAAAAAUCUGGUAUAUAGUAAUUAGAUCUGAUUCUAUUUUUCAUUCUACUGUAUCUUUAAGGGUUUUACAAGAGUCCUUUAUAAUGUGUUCUUAAGUCAAACUUGUUUGCAAAAUGGUGCAGUAUCAGGUACUCCUUUGAUUUAUAUUGUUAGAAUGAUGUCCCCUGUAUUAGAAUUAUGUCCCUUAUAUCUUUUAAGCUCAACUACUAUUUUGAUGGCAAGAAACCAGCCACCACAGUUUUUUCUACUGCAGGUCAAUUCUUUUUACAAGUUCUGUUCCUUUUAAGUCAUUGGGAAAAAGAAAAACCAAACUAAAGGUUGUUUUAAAGUGUUGUGAUGCCUAAGUUCGCAUGUCAAUUUUAUUUAAAGAAUACUUUGGUUUUUCAUACUCUUAUGUAACCUUGUUUAUAAUAUAUUUAUUCAUUAAAAAGUUUUCUUUAAAGGUAAAAUUAAAAACUAUAGCAAAACUAAAUUUCACAAACUGAAACUUAUUUCAAAAUUUAAAUAAAAUAAACUGCCACUAUUAUAGUUUUAAAUUUAUCAAGAAUCUCCUAAAAAAGUUUAUUUCUAAGGAAGAUAUAUCAAAAUCUAUUUGCAGUUACCUAACAAUAAUAUUUUCUCUUUAAAUGGUGAGGAGUUCAGAGAAAAAAAUGUUUCUAGGCCCUUCCCUUUUGGCUUCAACCUAUUGUCUAUGUAAAUACUGUAGAGUAGGGAGAGAUACCAGUUCAACAUUAGACUGAGGGUUCAUCAUUUUUCGGCCACACCUUCCACACUUGAUUUGACUUGAAUCAAAUUAAGUUAUUAUGAUGGGUUAAUUUUGUGUCUUGUAUUUUCCUUAGUUCAACUGCCAUAUUCAAAUAUUUGUUAUAUCAUUGGGUUUUGGGAAUCUUUGAAAUUUUACAUUAUUGCAAUGUUUUGUUUCAUAUCAAACUGUAAUUUAUUUUUUUAUCGUCCAUCUAUAUAACUCAAUUUUUUUUAAAAAUGAACAUUCAUUCCCUUACUCAUGAAUACAAUCAUAAUGUUCUGAUAAGCAUAAUUAAAAUUACUUAAUUAAAAAAUAAAUUAAUUAUGGUUACUUUUAUUUUAUAAUGCUGUUGAAUUGUAUUUCAAUUUGUUAAUUAUUAUACAUCAAAUGGAUGAAUUGUAAGUUAUUUUAUUUCUUAAUUACUAAUGCCUCAUGUGUGCAUUAAAUAUUUUUUCUUGGGAUGGUCAGUGAUAAGUUUUGUGUGAUGAACUGCGUCAACUACCAGUUGUAGGUGUAGCAUAUCAAGGUUUCGUGGCCUCUUAGUUUUUUUAUUAGUAAAUACGAAUGUUGAAGCCUACAAACAUGCUGUUGACUGCUGAUGCUGCAUAUGCUCAUAUUUGCUCUACUUGUUAGCUCAUUCUGUUAUUGAAUUAGUUUAUGACUUCAUUUUGUUUUGCGAUGGAAAAGACGAUUAUCUGUAAACAACACCCCUGCCCUGUUUCAGAUUCUGUUAUGAUUAGCGCUAGCUAGUUGAAAAAUAAACUAAUAUCUGAUAUUUUUGAGAUUUAAUUUUCUUUUUAUCAUGUCAUUUAAAAGUCUCUUAUCUUAUUGUAAUAAAUUAGUUUUUCAAAAUUUAGGCAGCUCUUGGUACAAAAAAAAAGAUUGAGCUAUUGUUCAAAUUGAAAUUUCUUUGUUAAAUUUUUUUUUUUAAAAACCUCUUAUAAUUAAAAAUCAGUUUGAUGAUUGAUGUAAUGUUGUAUUUUAUACAUGAGUUGCCAUUUUUGAAUUUGCAACAAAAUUGUGGACCAUAUUUAUAAGUUUCAGUAGGUGUUUUUUUUUUCAUUGAGCUGUCUCCUUUGUGAUCUUCUUUCUGUAAAAUAAGCCUUAUUGGAUCAAUCAAUAAAUUAGAUCACUAUUAACCUUAGAAUGUGCAAGCUAAGCAUCAGGAAUCUCUUGGUUAGCACUUUUAACCGCAAAAUGUUCCUUUAACAGUAGAUCUAUGUUAAAUAUCAAAAUUUGUGAAAAUCCUGUCAAGGAAUUGUUUUCAAAGUGACACAGGUGUGUAAGAGUAUACUGUUUUUGGAAGUUUGAACAUGUUUUUAAAUGCUGGUAAAGUGUCAUCUAAAAGCUGACUAGAUACACAACCUCAAGGUGGUUCUGUGUGUUUCUCACUAGCACAAAGUUCUGAUCCAGGCCCCAGAACAUGUCUCCAUGGUUACGCCUAAAAGUUCUGCUUCAAUUCAUGGUGUCAACAUGACCUAUAAUUUUCUAAACAUUUUUUCCUAUUUCAGUCACUUGAGUUCUAUACUGUUUUAUUUUUCUUACCGUAAUCAAAUUGUUUUAUUCAUCAUCUGGAGCUGUUGUGAUAUACUUUGUAUAUAUUUACAAAUAUAUAUACAUAUACAUAAUGAGAAAUAUAUAUAUAUAUAUUGUUGUGACUGCCUUUAUGACGUAAAUUUACCGCAAACCAGAUCUACCUGUGUGGUUAAUCCGUAUUCAGGGAUUAAGUAGGGACCUGAGUAUGUUUGUUCAGCUUUUUUUUCAUCCUUACGUUUCAACUUUCAUCUUCUUUAGUGGUUAAUUCUACCUAAAAAUGACAUUUUAAACAUGUUUUGGUUCAUAUAAAGAUUACAUUUAGUAAUGCUUGAGGGUAUAGGACUGAGUUUACAUGUUGUGUUCGUUAUGGCUUCAAUUCUUUGAUUUGAAUAUAUAUAUAAAUUAAAGUUUGCUGUUGAAAAGGGAGCUAACUGGCCCAAGGGAAAUGUUUUUUAUUUUACACCAAUGUAAGGGAGACUAUUUGUAUUUCAGCCAACAAAGAAACUGUUAAAAUGUUGUAUUUGUCAUAAAAAAUGACAUUUGAAUUAAGGUUAUGUUAAUUAUGAUUUUUUUUUUCUCGUUAAAAAAUUGUCCAUCAGGGAUACAGUCUUGUAAAUAUUGCUCACCUUAUUUUUUUUGAAGCUAGCAAGAUGAUGGCUUAAGAAAAAAACAAAAUGUAGACACAUUUGGUAUUGUUUGUGUUGAUGGUGUAAACCGUGUAUGGAAUAGUCAGGGAGGAAUUUGCCUGUGUUACAAGUUGUGUAGACCUGUGGUUAACCCUUGGUGGUUCAUUCCAUGGUUGAGUGGCUGACCCCAUGGUUGAUUCUGUGGUUAACCCUUUGUGAUCAGAGUGAGGCUCUCGUCGACUUUAUCUUUACUAAAUAAAUAAAUAAACAAACCUAAGGUUUUAAACCUGGUUAGUAGCAUUGGGGUUUGAACAUGGAGUUCACACAAAAAGGGUUUGAACCUAGGGUGUAUACAAA